ACGAAAAUGUCCAAUAACACUUUUGUUUCAGUUUCACUUGUACUCUCUGCAUACUUCAUUGUAUGUUUCUGUCUCUUUUUCCCACAAUCAACAACAGCUUUGCAUGGUGGUGGAAGUGUAGUGCCCGGAAAACAUGGAACCGUGGUGACGUUGGAUCAGCGGCGGGUUGUCGUUUCGACCGAGUUCGGGGAGAUCUCUACGGUGAAAGUGAGUGAUGGUAAAGAAGGGUUUUAUGAUCUCCAGUUUAUCACUAUGGAACCUAACUCUCUUUUUGUUCCUGUUCAUCUUCAUUCGGAUAUGGUGUUUUAUGUUAAUUCAGGGAAUGGAACCUUGAGUUGGGUUGAUCUUGGGAAAGAAAAAGGUAAACUCCGGCAAGUGGAGUUGAGGACCGGAGACGUUUAUCGGCUGCCCACCGGAUCUUUUUUCUACAUGCAAAGCAACUUAGAAUCCGAUCGCCGGAAGUUCCGUAUAAACGCCAUUUUCUUUGAUUCCAGGGAGGAGAUAAGACAGGACGGAUCAUCAUUCGGAGCCUAUUCGAGCCUUGCUGAUUUGUUGUUGGGGUUUGAUGACAAAGUCCUUCAAGCAUCACUUAAUGUUGACGAGGUAGUGAUCCAGGAGUUGAGAAGUGGAGGACCACAACAAAUGAUUGUGCACGGAGUGUCGAAAGCAAAAGAACUGUUUGAAGUGCAUUAUAGGAAUAUGAGAGCCUUCCUUGGACUCAUCGAUGAUAACGGCAUGAUUGAAGUGAACAAAAAUAAAAAAGGAAAGGCAUUUAACAUCCUAGAAGCAAAGCAUGAUUUUGAGAAUUGCAAUGGGUGGAGUCUUGUUGUUACAAGCAAACAAAUGGACGCAUUGAGGGACUCGGAUUUUGGUAUCUUCAUGGUUAAUCUAACAAAGGGGGCGAUGAUGGGGCCGCAUUGGAACCCCUUAACCGCAGAGAUCGCGGUGGCUUUGAGUGGGCGUGGAAUGGUUCAUGUGGUGUGUCCGAGUACUCUAGAUGAAGCGGAAUGUAAGAACUCGAGGUUUACAGUUGAAGAAGGUGAUGUAUUUGUAGUGCCGAGAUAUCAUCCAAUGGCUCAGAUCUCUUUUAACAAUGGGUCCUUUGUUUUCAUGGGAUUCACAACUACACAAAAGAAUAACCAUCCGCAAUACUUAGUUGGUUCAGCAUCGGUCUUCCAGGUAUUGGAUAAAAGGGUGUUGGCAGCUUCUUUGGGUGUGAGCAACACAACAAUGGAUGAACUAUUAUCAGCGCAAAACGAAGCGAUUAUUCUGGAAUGCACCUCGUGUGCGGAAGAAGAAGAAAGGCUGAUGGAAGAAGAAAUUCAACGGCAAAAAGAGGAGGAAGCUAGGGAAAGGGAAGAGGAAGAAAGAAAGAAAGAAGAAGAGGAAGAAGCAAAGCGGCAAGAAGAAGAGGCGAGAAGGGAAGAAGAGGAAGCCCGAAAGAGGGAAGAAGAAGAGGCGGCGGCGAAAAGGGAAGAAGAGGAAGCCCGAAAGAGGGAAGAAGAGGAAGCCCGGAAGAGGGAAGAAGAAGAGGCAAAAAGAGAGCAAAAGGCUAAGAGGCGUCAGGAGGAGGAAGAGGAGGCAGCUAGAGAGCAAGAGGAAGCCCGAAAGAGGGAAGAAGAAGAAGCGGCGAGAAGAGAGCAAGAAGAACAAGAGGCCAAGAGGCGACACGAAGAAGAGGAGGCAGCCCAAGAACAAGAAGAGGAAGCUGAAAGGAGGUGGCAGGAGGAGGAAGAAUCAGCUAGACAAAAGCGAGAACAAGAAGAGGCUGCUGGGAGACAACAAGAAGAAGAGGAAGAGGCCGUCAAAAAGCGAGAACAAGAGGAUGCCGCUAGGAGGCAACAAGAAGAAGAGGCCGCCGCUAGGGAACAGAAACAACAAGAGGAGGCCGCUAGACAACAAGAAGAGGCUAUGAGACGGCAACAAGAGGAGGCCGCUAGACAACAAGAGGCGGCUAUGAGGCGGCAACAAGAGGAAGAGGCCUCUAGACAACAAGAGGAGGCUAUGAGGCGGCAACAAGAGGAAGCCGCCUCUAGACAACAAGAGGAGGCAUCCGCUAGACAACAAGAGGAGGCUAUGAGGCGGAAACGAGAAGAAGAGGCCUCUAGACAACAAGAGGAGGAGGCUAGAGGACGUGAAGAAGAGCAGGUGACACCGUGGGGUGGUGGCGGUAGUGGUAGUGGUAGUGGAGGAAGUGGACACCAGGCACAAGGGGAAGGGGAGGCUGCUAGCAUGAAAGAGGAAGAAAUGGCACACAGAGCCAGAGAAGCUGAUCAGGCAGCUUCCAGAAGAAGAGAGCCAGGUGGUGGAAUCAAGACUGAGAUAGCAACCCCGCAAAGCAUGCAAGCAUCCAAAGUGGAAUGAUGCAUGAGACAGAAAUUCGAGAAGCCCCAUGAUCGAUAUCUUGCCUAAUUUUCAGAUUAAUAAUGCGUCUUUAUGUAUUUAGCUAGUAGUAGGCUUGUUGGUUUUGUAAGUUAAAGAUCAUUGUGGGAGUUUAUGUCUGGUUUUGUAAGUUGUUGCGGAUCAUUGUGCUUUUCUGUGUGCACAGGUUGUAAUAAAUAUGUUUACCAAACA